AUGGAUGACCUCCCUGUGACUGCUGCCUACUCUCCCGACGGUGCGCUUGGCCCGCCGAGCGCUCCGAGCGACACGACGCUUUCGCCUCUCUCGUCUCGCUCCUCACUCUAUCUCGAGCUCGUUGGCGACGACUGGGACAAGAUCAGCGUGUCGAGCGCUCAGAGUGACGCAGAACGCGACGCCGGCAGGAUGCAGGCGCGCGAGGUCGACGACGAGUUCCUGUAUCUCGACUCGGAAGAUGGCUCGAAGGCGGCGAACGAUAUUUCGGCUGGCGAAUGCAUCGGCGACGACGAGAACAAGACCAUGCAGUCAGGACAGACCACACCGUCGUUUUACUCGGACACAACCUCCCGCGCCGCCUCGCCUGACCUCGUCUUCCAGGACGAAGAACCCGCGCCUCGUCCGUCCUCGCCCUACUUGACGGAGGAAGAGAUCAAGCUUGACCUCGGUCUUCUCUCCAACGCCAACUACGACCUCUUCACGACUCCGGUCCCCGUCGAACCGUCCUGGCAGCCCGAGAUUCUCGAAGGAAUGCUGCGUCUCUUCAAGGAUUGCGCCAUGAAGACACACCUCGGCGACUCGCAGACCUGCGACUGGAAGAUCCCUCCCGAGAUCCUCAUGGACGAGUUCGACUCACACGGCGCCCUCAGGCCCGUCCUGCGCAAGAAACCGGACGGCGAGUUCAUCCGCAACAAUUACCAGCUAGGACGCGCCAAAGGCCUCCCUUACCUCGACGACGACCUCCAGACGCACUUGCUUAACAUCUUGGAGACUGUUCGUUGGGUCUACGACGACGAGGCCAUGGACAUCGAGGCGGUUCACUACCUCCUCAAGUACGCGCCACUUCCCCUUCAAUACCUCAUCCGUAGCUUUGCCUACGUGAUCCCGCUUCGCGAAGGCGUAGCAGCGGCGAAGGCUACACUUACGGAUUACCUCCAAUCCCAGUCCCCGCUCUCUCGUCGCCAGUCCUCCGCGCUCGUCAUGCUCGACUGGCUUGCUGAGCCUCGCUCGCCGGACCGCCGCACUCUCCUCUUCACGCGUCCGGAUGGGACGCCGCGCGUGCAGGUCGAUGCUGAAGAACCUUGGGCGUGGUUCUUCGACAGGGCUGGGCGGGGCUACCCUUACGAUGCGGGCGUGCUCGACGAAUGGGAAAAGACUCUUUUGGCAGAAGAGGACUGGGACAUCGCUUGCGCCUGA